AAUUGUAGUUUUUAAUUGUUUAGCGGUUUAUCCCGCGGUCAUGGGAGUUUAAUCGGCUAAUUUGAAUCAGUUCAGCGCUCUCGAGAGAAUCAUGUGUUCUGAACACGGACGACGCGCCACAGCGUAAAUAAUAACCGAAGUAUUUAUUUACUGUUUGUUUGCAUUGACUGUGUGCUUGAGAAUGUCGAUAUCUGAGGCGCAGAGAGCCUCGGGCUGGAGGAGAGAGAUGAGAGAGAGACAAAGGGGUAAAACAGCGGGGAAAGUCGAUGUCUACAUCAUCAGUCCUCAGGGCAAGAUCUUCCGAUCCAAGACUCAGCUGCACAGAUUCCUGCUCUCACAGACAAACGUGGAGCUGCAGAUCAGCGACUUCGACUUCUCCGUGUCUGAAACUCAACAAACGAGAAGGACACUGAAAGAGGAAGACCGUGCUGGAGUGACGGCAGAUGAAGACGUGUACGAGCGCCGAGACGAGAAGAGAGAGAGCGGAGAGCGGAUCGGCCUGGAAGAUGAACGAGUGAAUCGACUGAACCCAACUCUAGACAUUUCUGCUCCAGAGAGCCAAGAACACGAUGGGUUCGAGACGACAGGAGGAGUAGAGGAGGAAAACCAGAGCCUGAAACACACAGACUGUGUGUCGCCUUCGAGAAACUCUGAGAACAGGUUGAAGUUAUUUGCAGAGAAGCGGAAAACCAGUCCGUACUUCAGUAGAAGGAAUAAUGAUCUGAGCCGGCCGAAACGCAAAGCCUUGAGGAAAUGGACUCCGCCGCGCUCGCCCUUCAAUCUGGUGCAGGAGACGCUGUUUCACGACCCCUGGAAGCUCCUGGUGGCCUCCAUCUUCCUCAACAAGACCAGCGGUAAGAUGGCGAUCCCGAUGCUGUGGGAGUUUUUCCAGCGUUACCCGAGCGCAGACGUGACCCGAGCGAGUGACUGGAGGCCUGUGUCCCGUUUACUGAAGCCACUGGGUCUCAGUACGAUCCGCGCCAAAACACUCGUGCGCUUCUCUGACGAGUAUCUGAGUAAAUCCUGGCGGUAUCCCAUCGAGCUCCACGGCAUCGGGAAAUACGGCAAUGACUCGUUCCGAAUCUUCUGUGUGGAGGAGUGGAGAAAGGUGACGCCAGACGACCAUAAGCUCAACGACUAUCAUGCCUGGCUGUGGAGAAACCAGGAGCGCUUAGGAAUCUGAUUUUACUCGUUUUAAUA